CCGUCGCACAUACGCGGGUCUACAAUUCACACACCUAUACGCAAAUACAUGGAAUACAUUUAUUGAAACCGAAUCUGUCUUUUCCUUUGGAUAUUUUCCCACUCAUCGCUGGCAACUCGCUCCGGUGAUCCGCCCUCCUACAACCAUUGGUCCUUCGAGCCGGAUCUUCGCCUUCCCCAUAAGGAGAAGCUCACCCCAGCCAGCAUCGGCGGAUCGCUCCAAGUUUCCAUCCUCAUCCAGACAUGGCCCCACGGAUCCGCGCCAGCCGCACCACGGAGAGCCAGCGUGAUCGAGGGAUCAACUCGUACCGUUGCCGGGUCUGCCGAAAAAUUCAUCCGCUACGGACCUGUCACCAUUUCCCUCGCCUGAGCCCUGAGAAGAGACUCCGAGCUGUCCUCAUUAACAAAUAUUGCGGGAACUGCCUGGCCCACCAACACUCCGGCCAGGAUUGUCGCAGUGGCGGGCUGUGCCGGGUGUGUGGCAAAAACCAGCACACUCUACUCCACAUACCCUCGUCUCGUCAUCCAGUCCGCUCGGCCUCAGGAGCAUCGUCGCCAUCUACAGCACCCCACGUCAAACGCCGACCUCGGCGUCCAGCCCGCUCAGCCUCGGCUGCAUCGUCACCAUCCACGUCGGCCCACACCGACCGCCGCCCGCGUCUCCCCGUGAGCCGCCCCGUGGCAGGGCCCCCCGCACCAUCCGUCGACUCACUUCUACAACAUCGAAGCCUCAUCAUACUCCCGACGGCGCUGGUGGUCUUGGAUACGGGUUCCAAAAACUUCGAGACGGCGGCGCUCAUCGACCCAUGCACGCCGGUGAGCUGUAUUGACGACUCCUUGGCCAGCGCCUUCAAGUUGCCCACCACUUGUGUGGGGGACGAGAAAGUGUGUACGGCGGUGAUCCGCGCCAAAAUGGGCGACUUCCAGUUGGAGACGAUGCUCAAGGUCGAGCCCCGUGUGCGCAACCGCACGCCUAUCCGACAGCUGAGCGAUUCCGUGCGGGCGCGUUUCGGUGACCUGAGGCUUGCCGAUGAACAAUUCCAUCGACCGGCGACAAUCUCGCUCAUCUUGGGAGCAGAUGUCUACCCGAAGGUGAUCCACCCCGGGUUCCUUGCGCGUGAGGACGGCCUGCCGAUGGCCCAGAGCACCGUUUUUGGAUGGAUCGUGUCGGGGGCGUGCACCCAGCCAUAGGCCACCCCAUUAUACUUUGCAAUCCUGCAAGGG